GAUUUUUAGGUUAAUGUUAAUGUUGAAAUGAUAACAAUUUACUUCUUCAAGUUUAUAACACAUAUCUGAACAUGACCAUUUUUAAUUAUGAAAUCCUGAAUAUUUAAACUGUACCUUGAAUUAUUCGUUUGACCAUAGUUAAAUAUGGCACAGCAAAUUGAUUGGGAUAAAAAGUAUCAGGAGGACUUGGAAAGGGCUCAAGCGUUAAGUUUGGAGUCUUUAGCUUUAGAGCAAUUCAGACAGAAUAAGAUAUCACAAGAAAGAAACAAAAUUAUUUCUAGACCUCCAAAAAAUGUCCCAGUGAACAGAGCUGCUUCUGUAUCUGAAACUGAUUGUGAUAGGCGCCAAUCUAAAUCCAGACCAAGACCAGGAACCUCUGUAUCAAAUCAGAAUAAUUCUCUGCUGGCACCACCACCAUCGUCACAGAGAAAAAGCAGUGGUUCUUCUAGUAGUGAUAUGCCAGAUCUGAUUUCAUUUUCUAGUCCCCCCUCAAAAUCUUCGAACCUUUUGGAUAUAUGUAGCUUGCAACAAUACAACCAUAAUCUAUCUACUCCAGUCAGUAUAUCCCAAACAACAUAUUGCCCUGUGAUAAAUUCAAAUACAAAUGUCAACACAAUUUCACCGCUGAACUUUUCACAACAUUCACCUUUCUAUCAACCUUACCAAGGUCAAUUAGUACAACACCAAAAAAGUACAUCUCACUACACAAACACUAUUGGACAAUCGCCUUAUGGUUCUGGAACAAACAACAUCUUCCUACAAAGUGAUAAAGCUGUGUCAAAUAGCAACAUGCUACAUAAUGUCCUGAACGUCUCUCCAUUCUCUCAGCAGAACAGGUUUCAACAAAAUAUCUUGCCAACAAACCUGGGCAUAUCCCCCGGAUCUCCGUUUCAGGCUCCUUCACCCACUUCGCAGAUAUCUUUGCAUAAAAAUCUUGCGACAGACGUGACUGAAGCAGUAAAUUUGAUUCCGCCUACCCUACCGCCCAAAAACCAGCGUAGGACGCCGCCGCCAAUCGCCUUACCAUCUUCAUUGUCUUCCAAUGUCAAGGCGCAGAGGCGGAAAAACAUAGAGAAUCUCAUAGAUCUGGCCUCGCUGAAUUUGGACAACAACAGCGUCAGAGUUAGCAUAUUACAAGAGUUCGACCCUAUUCUGAGCUCAAAUGAUUACAGCAACACGUUCAGAACGAUCAGUCCAGAAUGCCCAGAUGACUCGACGUCGGUUUGUGGCAGCGUCUAUGAUGAAUAUGAUCCAUACGAUUUCAUUUAUACAGGAUCCGGUAAUAACAGUCUCUGCGAUCCUAUGUACGCCGCGGUCAAUAAAGCCGAAAGUUUGUAUUCUUCUCCGGUCAGGACCAGUCAGGCUCACAUUCAAACAGUAGAUAAGGGUAGAACCGCCAAAAUUGCAGAGGUGAAAAGUAGUUUGGUAGAGAACAUAGCUCAAGUUGAUCCUAUAGCUAAAGACGCCGACUCUGAUCUUUUAGCCUUUUUCAAGAUGGUACAAAACGUCAGAAAUAAGUACAGGUACAAUGAUCCAGACACAAAUAUGGGCUUUGUUAUAAGUCCCAUGGUGAACUAUCAGUAUAGAGAAGGAACCAGUAUUAAAUUGUGCAUACACCCUGAUUUCGAUGGUGCUGAUUUUGAUAAACCUUUUAUAUUUACCUGUGAUGUUACCUCAAGUAUAGAGCACAUAACCUUACAAGCCACUUGUGAUCUAGAGGCCCCUUCUGAAAUGAAUUACACGUUGAAAGUUUGGGGUUACAAUGAAUAUUUUGCCCCAACCACACUUCUUUCAGACUACGAAUACGUCCAUAACUGUAUCAAAUUGGAAGAAGACGUGCUUCUGGUCUUGUUGCCAGACAGUAAGGUGGAUAAGUCCUUCGCUAGAACGCCAAUAGACGACCAAAGAGAUAAGCACAUCGCUUUCGAGGACGUAGUCCCAACGGACCCAACUCUACACAUAACCUACGAUAACAUGAGGAUCGUGUUAGAAUUUCUCGAAAGUGAAAUAAAGAAGUUGGAGGAGCAGGCCGAGCUGAUUGUAUCUUUGAACUCCCCGAAAUUGUCGGAUCUUCAACCUAACAAGGUUAUACAAUCGGUUAAAUACGUGAUUAAUUUGAUGAGUAGUCUGUGUACUAUUGAUAUCAUGGAGGCCGUGGAUUGUUUGACGCAAACUUGCAAUUCGUUUAGUAUCAGACCGAAUAGCAACAUUUUCAGUGAAAUCGUCGAGUGUUGCAAUAAGGUUAAAGUGGCGGUGCUGAGUUUGAUAGAGAUGUAUUGUUCGGCGUUUAGAGUUGACUUUAAAUUGAAAAAUAGCCUUUUACCGAAAGAACCAAUUGCCAACGUGAACGAGAUAUCGUUUCCUUUAACCAUGAGGUUAUGCGCUAUCUAUCGACCGAAUGCCGAAUGGAAGCACGAUUUUUACCUUGCCGCCGCUCAAAUCUACCACGGCACGAAGCCUAUUAAAAGAUGUAUCCUAUCUUUACCGUGCGUGAAGACCGAGGAUCAUUCCUGGCCAGCUAGGAUAGUCCUGGAUCAAUGGAUAACAUUCGACGAGGUCCCUAUCAGUUCUUUGUCGAGGGAGUCGAGACUGGUGGUCGUGAUUUACGGAAGAACUGAAGAGCAGUCUGAAAAUAACGACCCUAGCCAACCGAGAUUCAAACAGGAGGAAAUCGGUUGGGCUUCAGUUCAGCUCUUCGAUUACGAUGGUUUUAUGGUGCAAGGCAGUAUGCUGUUAUCCAUAUGGCCCAAAGAGUCGAACUUCAUUUACGGCCCCGCCCCGCCGGCGGGAUCCAACUGCGAUCCGGACCAUUCCAUAAUCGGCAUCGACGUCAACAGUCCCGUCGCGAUCAGAUAUCCCACCCUGGACGAUUCAGAGUAUUCGGUCGUGAAGGGCGACUUUAGCAGCCUGGACCAACAGACGCAGGAGCAGCUGUUGGACAUCAACGAGAUGGACAUGCUGGAAAAGGUCCCGCCCGAUAUAAGGGAGGUGUUGUGGGAGAAGAGGCACUACCUCUACCACCUGCCGCACUGUCUUCCGAAAGUCCUGUUGGCCGCCCAUUCCUGGGAGUACUCGUGUCUGCCAGAUCUACACGGCAUUCUGCACGCCUGGACGCCGCUCAGUCCGAUCCAGUCUCUCCAGUUGUUGUUGCCCACAUUUCCCGAUAUCGAGGUGCGAAAGUGCGCUGUCAAGUGGAUAAGUACCAUGGGCACUGACGGUUUGGUCGACUAUCUGCCCCAGCUGGUGGUAGCACUGAAAUUCGAAACGUACGAGAAUUCCACGUUGGCCGAGUUUCUCUUAGAUCGCAGUUUGAGGUCUCCAAGAUUCGCCCAUUACCUAUUUUGGUUGCUGAGCCACAAACUGCCCGGCUCUGUGCCUCAGAAUAACACUCUGGACAUGAACGAAAAGGAUCAAAUCAAUAUAAAGGAAUCGAGGUACCACAGACGGAUGAAGCUAGUACUCAGGGCACUGUUGGCGAUAUGCGGCGAGGCAUUGAGGAAUUGUUUCUUAUCUCAGCAAAUUCUAGUCAAAAAUCUGAACGACAUCGCGGAGAACGUGCAGAAAUCCAAAGACUCGCACAGGCAGGCCAACCUGCAGCAGGCCCUGCAAUCAGUCGACGCCAACCUGAGAGACGCCGAGACCAGCCUGCCGCUCUCGCUGACGCUGCGCGUGGCCGGCGUGCACAUACAUUCCUGCUCGUAUUUCUCGUCAAACGCGCUACCCCUCAAGAUAAACUUCCUGGCCCCGGACAGAUCCAUCGUGCCCGCCAUCUAUAAGGUCAGCGACGACCUGCAGCAGGACAUGCUCACGUUGCAGAUGGUCAGGAUCAUGGACAAGAUGUGGCUGAACCACGGCCUUGACCUGAAGAUGGUCUCGUUCAUCUGCAUACCCACCGGGAAGAAGAAAGGAAUGAUCGAGUUGGUUAAAAACGCCGAGACCUUGAGGAAAAUUCAGGUGGAACAUGGUUUGACGGGUUCGUUCAAAGAUAAGCCAAUUGCUGAAUGGUUGGCCAAGUAUAACCCUUCGGAGUUGGAGUACGGGAGAGCUGUCGAGAAUUUUACUGCCUCGUGCGCCGGUUAUUGCGUUGUUACCUACAUAUUGGGCAUUUGCGAUAGGCACAACGAUAACAUAAUGUUAAAAACCUCUGGGCACCUUUUCCACAUCGAUUUUGGAAAAUUCCUGGGCGACGCUCAGAUGUUCGGCAAUUUUAAAAGGGACCGCGCCCCGUUCGUCUUAACCUCGGACAUGGCUUACGUGAUAAACGGAGGGGAUAGACCGUCGGAAAAAUUCCACCAGUUCGUCGACCUCUGCUGUCAGGCCUUCAACAUAGUGAGGGCGAACGGCAACCUGAUCUUGUACAUAUUCACGUUGAUGAUGUCGUCGGGCAUGUGCGGCGUGACCACGGAAUCGGUAAAUUACCUGCACAAAGCCCUGCUGCCCAGGAUGUCCAAUCCCGAGGCCGCCGCCUACUUCGCUCGGCUCAUAGAGAGCUCCCUGAAGUCCUGGUUCACGCAGUUCAACUUUUUCCUCCACAAUUUGGCUCAGUUGAAAUUCACUGCCGAACAGAACGACGGCACACUGCUGUCGUUCGUCCCCAAGACAUACACCAUGGAAUCUGAUGGCCGGUUGAAACACGUCGAAGUGGUGAGUUAUAGGAAGCGUUACGACCCCGAUAAGUACUACGUUUACAUUUUGAGAGUGUACAGAGAAGAUGAUGGACAACACAUGGAAAUACAGAGGACGUACAAGGAAUUUUGUGAAUUACAUCAGAAGCUGUGUAUCUAUUACCCCCUUGCCAAACUUCACAGGUGA